AUGUCUGCCGCCGCAACACAAGCCCCCCCGGCCGUGCCAGCCGUGCAAACCAUCCCAAUCACGGUGGAUUUCUCAGGCGGACUCGAGAUGCUCUUCUCCAACCGGCGCCACCACUCGCUGGACGUGCCUGCUGCCGACGACGAGGGCAAGAAGUCAAACAUUGGCUUCCUCGUCCGCCACCUCUGCAGCACGGCCUUGAAAGAUCCGCGGACCGACCUUUUUGUGCUCGAUCACCACAUUCGUCCCGGCAUCCUUGUCCUCAUCAACGACGCCGACUGGGAGCUCGAAGGCGAGGAGGCCUAUGAGCUCCAGCCCGGCGACAACAUCUUGUUUGUUUCCACCCUUCACGGUGGCUAG